AUGGACGCCGGAAACGAACAAGAAGACUCUGUGUCCGAUUCUUCCUCAGAAACGACGGUCCCUGUGUCCACUCCUCCAACCUCUUUAGCCGCUGACGAGACCCUUGCAUAUGAACACAGUGAUGUUCCGUGUCCGGGCCGUACUUUCCACAUCAUCGAAAGAACGACCUGCCGGGCGAUAACCAUCGUGGGGGACAAGCCGGUGCUCAUGGGUCUCAAGGGGGGCCGCCAUCCAAGCACGCUAUGGUACUGUGUUGAGAAGAAUGGGUACUAUGGCUUCCAGAACCCGAGAUCCGGGAGGUACAUCGGCCACGACAGCGAAACCGGCAUCCGGACCGGGGCUGAGAUGCGUGGAUGGGAGCUGUGGACGCCGCGGCAGCACCCCGAAGGGGGGUACCAGCUUCUGUCGCCGUGGUGGUCAGACGCGCUGAUGGUACUGUGCGUUGCCAACGACGGAAUCGGUCUCGCCAGACGAGGCCAUGGCACGACUACUUGGGACUUCAUUCGGGUCUAA